AUGACUGCAGAGCAGUGUAACACAGAAAUAUCAGAUAGGAAUAUCUACAAAAUUGACAACAGUUGUAAGGAAACCAACACAUUCAUCCUCAGCAUUCCAGCAAAGGUCAAAUCCAUUUGUAGAGGUGAUGGGAGGUACGAUGAAAAUAGCGGCAUGACGUACAGUACCGCAACGUUUCGCAUAAUUAAAUGUAAGCUAAAGCAUCAGGGAGCCAGGAACCCCAACUGCCAGUAUGAAGGCAGGCUUCUCACUAACAGGAUCAUUGUCAUGAAAUGUGAAGGGAAGUUACCUGUGCACUUUGAUCGGGACUUUCUGCCCUCUGAGAGCAACGAUAACGACCAACCAUGA